AGUGACGUAGGAAGAUUACGCCCCCCUUUACCCUUGUGUGUCCGAGUUCCCUGUGCCGGCGCCUGGUGGAGUGCUGUGGUACGCGCGUGUCUCUUUCUUCCGGUCCGGAUCCUCGGCACGUCUCCGUGUCCUCACACAGCUGUAGCCAUGUUGGGAGCCUCUCUUCUCCGGUUCUGCGUGUCCUCUGGUGUCCGCAGCCUGUCCCGCUGCCGUCCACAGCCUCAGCUCGUCGGUUCCCAAGGAGCAGUAUCACCCAAAUGUGGAUAUACUCAAGCCAAACAUGAAUCAGAUGAGGAAUUUGAUGCUCGCUGGGUGACUUACUUCAACAAGCCAGACAUUGAUGAAUGGGAACUAAGGAAAGGUGUAAACACACUCAUCGGUUAUGAUUUAGUUCCUGAACCAAAGAUCCUUGAUGCUGCCUUGCGCGCUUGCAGACGGUUAAACGACUUUGCAAGUUCUGUUCGUAUUUUGGAAGCCGUAAAGGACAAGGCUGGACCUCACAAGGAAAUCUACCCAUAUAUCAUCCAAGAACUCAGACCGACUUUAGAUGAGCUUGGUAUCCCUACCCCAGAAGAACUGGGCCUAGACAAGGCAUGAGAAUUACAGGUUCUCCAUCCAAAAGUUUUAUGAACAUCUACUUGAUUGUAAAGAGCCAUCCACAAAUACAAAGAUGUUAACAUAUUACCUUUAUUUGAAAAACUUGCAACAAAGUGUUCUUUUAUUGAGUCCUAAUGUGUGUAAUAUUAUGUCGGACCUAAUAAAGGGAUAUUGUUUAA